CUUUCCGUAAGCAAAGCAGCCGGACAAGCAGUGGAUUGUGGUCGGCCUUCGGUGAUUGACCAGUUUUAUUUUUGGAAUUGGACUUCGUUUUGAAUACUUGGACAUUUAAAGUUCAGCGAUUAGAGGGCAACUAUCGGAUUUAGUUAAUGAAAGAGUUAAUAACGUAAAAAAAAUCAAAUGCCACCCAACGUGGAGCUGGAAGCAUGGCGUGUUUCUGGCAUAUCCCGAACAUAUCCCAGUUAUCGCAGAAAGUUUCCCAUUAGCGAUGAGAGCUGGUUGGAGGGUAAACAUAACGACGAUGAGGCCGAGGGUCUCUGGCGGAUUAAAGAUAAACUCUACGACUUGACAGACUUUGCUCAACGGCACCCGGGCGGUGCCUUUUGGAUCGAACGAACGAAAGGUACCGAUAUCACAGAGCCCUUUGAGUCCCAUCACAUCGAGGAACAUGCUGCUCGCAUGCUUAGCAAAUUUGAGGUACGAUCGGCCUCAAAGCCUAGGAAUUACAAGUUCACUUUCAAAGAAAAUGGUUUCUAUAUGGUCCUGAAAAAACGUGUGAGAGAAAAACUGCGAUCCUUGGACAAUCGAUCAACGCGAAAGACCGAUCUCCUUCACAGCGGAAUCUUACUGUCUGUCUUUCUGUUGAGCUGGACAGCUACAGUGCUGGACUCAAUGGUGUUGAGGGCCUUUGCUGGACUUGCCCUUUGCUGGUUGGCCACUUCCUCCCACAAUUACUUCCAUCAGCGUGAUAAUUGGCGCAUGUACAGCUUUAAUCUAAUAAUGAUGAACUUCAACUGUUGGCGCAUUUCUCAUGCACUCUCCCAUCAUGUUUAUACCAACUCUCUGCAUGAUCUCGAGAUGUCGCUGUUUGAGCCUUUUCUCUGUUGGCUGCCGAGUCCACAUUAUGCGAGCAAGCGGCAGCGAGUUAUCUCCUUACUGAUCUCACCCGUAAUAUAUACGGUAUUGAGUCUAGUGCAGAUCUCACAACGUCUGGUUUACUCCGUUGUCAAACGGAACGUUAUGUACUGGCACGAUCUUUUGGGCCUCAUCUUACCCGUCUUCCUUUAUCUAUCCACAAAUGUGGAACUUGGUUCAGCGAUCGUCAACUGGGCUAUCAUUGUGGGCAUGGCCAGUUUCCUUUUUGGCUUUAUUGGUCUAACUGCAGCUCACCAUGACCCGAGAAUCUAUCAUGAUGGAGAUGCACCGCGUACUGAUCGGGAUUGGGGUUUGUUUCAGCUGGACACGAUCAUCGAUCGUGGCGACAUCAAGUGGUCCGAUUUACUGGUUCUCACCCACUUUGGAGAGCAUGCACUGCAUCAUAUGUUUCCCACUCUUGACCAUGGCAUUCUAAAACAUCUGUACCCGGAAUUGCGUCAGACCCUACGUGAGUUCAAGAGUGAAUUGCGGGAAAUCAACCAUUGGGGUCACAUAAAGGGUCAAAACCAACAAUUACUGCGUACAAAGCCGAAUCCAAUUCCACCGGGCAGCAAGAAGUUUAAAUAGUUUUAUUAAGUGUAUGAAUGGUCGUGGAUUUUUAAGUGCUAUGGUUUUCUUUUAGAACUGGUAAAUUAUAUAAUACAAUGCAAUCUCUAUU